AUGGGAAAUGAUAAAAGGACCAGUCGAAGUGAACGCAGCGGAAGGUACGGCUCAGACGGCCACAGAGAAGAUGGCGACCGCCGCGACAGAAGAAGCCGGAACGAGGACAGAGACUAUGAUCAUCGAUGGAGCGACGAGAAACACGAUGAUGACUACGACGACUACAGUCCAGAGAGGGGGAGAAAGCGGCGCCACAGCAACGACUCGGACGAAGAGUAUGAGGAUUACCCAAACCAGGACCCGAGGAUGGAGUCCGACGAGGAGAGCAAAACCAUAAUGCUGAGAGGCCUGUCGCUCCACGUGACUGAAGAUGACAUUCGCACAGCACUGGAACAGCUGUCCGGGCCACAACCUGUCGACAUCCGGCUGAUGAAGAAACGCACAGGUAUAAGCCGAGGUUUCGCCUUCGUGGAGUUUUAUCACUUGCAAGAUUCAGCACGAUGGAUGGAGACCAAUCAGGACAAGCUGGUGAUCCAAGGGAAAAACAUUGCAGUGCACUACAGUAACAGUAGACAGAAAGCGGAGAACUGGCUUUGCAGCUCAUGCGGUCUUUACAAUUUCCGGAAAAGACUAAAGUGCUUCAGAUGCGGCGCUGCUCAAGUUGGAGACUUGAGUCAAUGGAAAAAUGGAGACACGAUCAUUCUAAGGAACAUUCCGCCACUCUCCUCUGUCGACAGUAUUUUGUCUUUACUGUCGCCGUUCGUGAACCUGAACCCUGGACACAUCCGCCUCAUCAAAGACAAGCAGACGGGACAGAACCGGGGCUUUGUGUUCGUGCAGCUGUCUUCCCCGUUGGAGGCGUCCCAGUUGCUGACCAUGCUCCAGGGUCUGCAGCCUCCUCUGAAGCUCGACGGGAAAACUAUUGGUGUGGAUUUUGCCAAAAGUGCCAGAAAGGACUCUGCUCUGACCGAUGGGAUCCGAGCCAACGCUCUCUCUGUCGCCAGUACGGCCAUCGCAGCUGCUCAGUGGUCUUCGAGCCAGCUAAAGCAGAAAUCUGCAAACUCCGCCUUCAUGUCCGCCCCAGAGGCUUAUGCUCCACAGGACCAAAGUUACCACCUGCCGGACGCUCUGGCUCCAGUGGGAGACGGUUUACUCGGAGCUGCUCCAGGUCUAAUGCCUCCUGGUGUGGUCCUGUCUCAGUCUGCUCAGGUUUAUCAGCCAGUCAUGAUAGUUCCACCCCCCAUGCAGAUGGUGAAUCCUGCGGACGCUGCACACAUGUCUCUCCCUACUGCUCUGCCGGGAACAGCUCCUCCAGUCUCAGUUAUGGCUGCAGUCGCUCCGGAUACCACCUCAUAUCAGUACGACGAGUCUUCAGGUUACUUCUAUGAUCCUCUGACCGGACUCUACUACGACCCCAACAGUCAGUAUUUCUAUAACGCUGAGACGCAGCAGUAUCUGUACUGGGACAGUGAGAAGCAGCUGUUCCUCCCAGCUCCAGGCUCAGAAACAAGCACCGAAGACCCGUCCACAAGUAAUGCAGCAGCCGCGACCAAAGAGCCCAAAGACAAGAAGGACAAGCCAAAGAGCAAGUCUGCGCAACAGAUAGCAAAGGACAUGGAGCGUUGGGCCAAAACGUUAAACCGGCAAAAGGAAAACAACAAGAACAGCUCUGGUGCAAACAGAGACGAGGACCGGAGGGAGUCUGCAUCUGCCGACGCCGGAUUCUACCUGUUCGAGAAGAAGCAAAUGGGGGGAAUGGAAAUGCCGCCAUCUAUUCCUGAACUGCUCAGGGAUCAAGAGGAGGAGCCUGUUGCUAAGGCCGGGCUGGUGGCGACCUACAGCGGGGACAGUGAUCCAGAGGAGUCGUCGGUCGAUGACGAGACUAAGAUCACGGACUGGACAAAGAUGGUGUGUCUCUUAUGCCGCAGACAGUUCCCUAACAAGGACGCGCUUCUCCGACACCAGCAGCUCUCUGACCUUCACAAGCAAAACCUGGAGAUCCACAGAAAAACCAGGAUGUCAGACGCUGAUAUGGAGCUUAAAUACAGAGACCGAGCUGCAGAGAGGAGAGAGAAAUACGGGAUCCCUGAACCUCCAGCACCAAAGAAGAAAUUCAAGAAGCAUCAGCCGGUCGCAACAGUGAGUUACGAACAGCCCACCAAAGACGGACUGACCAGCGACAACAUCGGUAACAAGAUGCUCCAGGCCAUGGGCUGGCAGGAGGGGAAGGGCCUGGGUCGCCACCAACAAGGAAUCACCACCCCCAUCGCUGCUUCGAUGAGGACCAAAGGCACCGGUUUGGGCAUAAAGGGAGCGGCGUACGAACUGUCGGCGUCAGACACGUACAAAGACGCGGUCCGAAAAGCCAUGUUUGCCAGAUACACUGAGCUGGAAUGA